AUGGCAGAGCUUUCUGAGCCAGAAGGACCAGUAGAUUGGAAAGAAAGAUGCGUAGCCCUGGAGUCCCAGCUCAUGAAAUUUAGAGUUCAAGCAAGCAAGAUACGAGAGCUGUUAGCAGAGAAGAUGCAUCAACUUGAGAGACAAGUUAUUGAUGCUGAACGUCAAGCAGAAAAAGCUUUCCAGCAGGUACAAGUUAUGGAAGAGAAAUUAAAAGCAGCUAAUAUUCAAACCAGUGAAUCAGAGACGAGGUUAUAUAAAAGAUGUCAAGAUCUGGAGUCUCUAAUACAGGAAAAAGAUGACAUCAUUCAAAACUUGGAACUGCAACUGGAAGAGCAGAAACAAAUAAGAAUACAGGAAGCUAAAAUAAUAGAAGAGAAAGCAGCUAAGAUCAAAGAAUGGGUAACAGUGAAGUUAAAUGAGCUGGAAUUGGAGAAUCAGAAUCUUCGUUUGAUCAACCAAAACCAAACUGAAGAGAUAAGAACAAUACAGUCAAAACUACAAGAAGUUCAAGGGAAGAAGUCAUCCACUGUCUCUACCCCAAAGCUUUCAGAAGGCCAGCGCCUGAGCAGUUUGACCUUUGGGUGCUUUUUAUCCCGAGCAAGGACUCCUCCUCAAGUAGUAAAAUCUGAGGAAAUGAGCAAGAUAUCAUCUAAAGAAUCUGACUUCACUGAAGGAAAACAUACAGAAGAAAUAGAAAUUCCAGAAAAGUCUGUUGAUGACCAAGAUCAAGAAAACAACAGAGGCCAGAGAACACUGCAUCACACUCCUUGUGGCUCAGAACAGAACCAGAAAACAAGAACAAGCUUUGCAGCAGGUGGUGGCAUAUCCCAGAAUUCUGGGGCUCCAGCGAGUGACUGGAGCUCUGAUGAGGAAGACAGCAGCAAAGAAAGACCCAAGUCCAGGUGCACAUCCACCCUUUCCAGUCAUACAUCAGAGGAGGGGGUCCAGUGUAGCAGGAUGGGCAGCGAAACGUAUUUGACAGCAUCUGAUGACAGCAGUUCUGUAUUUGAAGAAGAGACUUUUGGCGUAAAGAGACCAGAACACAAGAAGCUGUACUCUUGGCAACAGGAGGCACAGUGGAAAGCUCAGAAUAAUCUUCUCGGAAAGGGAAAUUCUGAAUCAAGUAAAAAGGAGCAAGAUAGUUCCUCGGAUGAACUGAAUAAAAAAUUUCAGUCUCAGAGACUGGAUUACUCAUCUUCAUCAAGUGAGGCAAACACCCCAAGCCCUAUUUUGACCCCAGCUUUAAGUCCAAAACAUCCUAACUCACUCCCUGGAAAAGGAACACAAUUAGUGCCUUCAUCAAACCUGCCACCCCCAAAGUUAAGGAUUCCUAAUGUUUUCAGUAUAAGUGUAGCCCUUGCCAAAAGGCACUUGAGCCAGCCACAGUUAAGUUCCGACAGGAUGUUUGGUACAAACAGAAAUGCUAUAAGCAUGAUCCGACCACUGAGACCUCAGGAAACUGAUCUUGAUCUAGUUGAUGGGGACAGUACAGAAAUUUUAGAGAAUAUGGACACAAGUUGUGAUGAUGGAUUAUUUUCCUGCGACUCCCUGGAAUCUCCAUACGCAGAUGACCAGGAAACCUGUGAGUUGACAAAGAAGGCAGCAUGCGGCAAGCCUCCAACUCCUCCCCUGCACCGCUUUCCCUCCUGGGAAAGCAGAAUUUAUGCUGUAGCCAAAUCAGGCAUUCGAAUGUCUGAGGCCUUCAAUAUGGAGAAUGUUAAUAAAAAUUCUCUUGGAAUGCUUUCUUAUACCACGUCAGGACUUUAUACAUCUCUGAUAUACAAGAAUAUGACAACCCCAGUGUAUACAACUUUGAAGGGGAAGGCGACCCAGAUAAGUAGCAGUCCUUUCCUGGAUGACUCCUCUGGCUCAGAGGAAGAAGACAGCUCGAGAUCCAGCUCCCGGACAUCAGAGUCAGACACACGCAGUAGGUGUGGGCCGGGCAGCCCCAGAGCCAUGAAACGAGGUGUGUCUCUCUCCUCCGUGGCUUCUGAAAGUGAUUAUGCUAUUCCUCCUGAUGCUUAUUCCACAGACACAGAGUACUCACAGCCAGAGCACAAGCUUCCUAAAACUUGCUCAUCUUCCAGUGAUAAUGGGAAAAAUGAACCACUGGAAAAAUCCGGCUACUUGUUAAAAAUGAGUGGUAAAGUUAAGACGUGGAAGCGGAGGUGGUUUGUUCUUAAAGGUGGUGAAUUACUUUACUACAAAUCUCCGAGUGAUGUAAUUAGAAAACCCCAGGGCCAUAUUGAACUUAGUGCAUCCUGCAGUAUUUUAAGAGGAGAUAACAAACAAACAGUUCAGUUGACCACUGAAAAACACACAUACUAUCUGACUGCAGAUUCUCCCAACAUACUGGAAGAAUGGAUUAAAGUGUUACAGAAUGUUCUUCGAGUACAAGCUGCCAACCCGCUUUUCCUGCAGCCUGAAGGCAAACCAGCUGUGAAGGGAUUGCUCACUAAGGUAAAACAUGGCUAUUCCAAGAGAGUCUGGUGUACACUUAUAGGGAAGACAUUAUAUUAUUUUCGUAGUCAAGAAGAUAAGUUUCCUUUAGGUCAGAUCAAACUCUGGGAGGCUAAAGUUGAGGAGGUUGACAGAUCCUGUGAUUCAGAUGAAGAUUAUGAAGCCAGUGGACGUAGUCUGUUAUCCACACAUUACACCAUCGUUACCCACCCCAAAGACCAAGGUCCAACUUACCUCUUAAUCGGAUCCAAGCAGGAAAAGGAUACCUGGCUUUAUCAUCUGACUGUUGCAGCUGGAAGUAACAAUGUAAAGGUUGGAUCUGAAUUUGAACAACUCGUUUGCAAAUUGCUAAAUAUAGAAGGGGAACCUUCCUCUCAGAUAUGGAGACACCCCACUUUGUGUCACAGCAAAGAAGGAAUCACUUCCCCUCUGACAACAUUGCCUUCUGAAGCUCUACAGACGGAAGCUAUUAAAUUAUUUAAGACCUGCCAGCUUUUUAUAAAUGCAGCAGUUGACUCCCCUGCAAUUGAUUACCACAUAUCGCUAGCCCAGAGUGCUUUGCAAAUCUGUCUGACACAUCCUGAGCUACAGAAUGAAAUUUGCUGUCAGCUUAUUAAACAGACAAGACGAAGACAGCCACAGAAUCAACCAGGACCACUGCAGGGCUGGCAGCUCUUGGCACUUUGUGUUGGCCUCUUCCUUCCCCAUCAUCCUUUCCUGUGGCUUCUCAAGCUCCACCUAAAGAGGAAUGCAGAUUCCAGGACAGAAUUUGGAAAGUAUGCCAUUUACUGCCAGCGAUGUGUAGAAAGAACGCAACAAAAUGGAGAUCGAGAAGCAAGACCCUCAAGAAUGGAAAUUCUUUCAACCCUUCUUCGAAACCCUUACCAUCAUUCUUUGCCUUUCAGUAUACCAGUGCACUUCAUGAAUGGGAUAUAUCAGGUAGUUGGGUUUGAUGCAUCCACCACAGUGGAAGAAUUUUUGAAUACUUUGAACCAGGACACAGGAAUGAGGAAACCAGCACAGUCUGGAUUUGCAUUGUUCACAGACGAUCCUUCUGGCAGAGAUUUAGAGCACUGUCUUCAAGGAAACAUUAAGAUUUGUGACAUUAUUUCUAAAUGGGAACAGGCUUCCAAAGAACAGCAGCCUGGAAAAUGUGAAGGUACAAGAACUGUUCGUCUCACUUACAAAAACAGACUAUACUUCUCAAUGCAAGCUCGUGGAGAGACUGAUAGAGAAAAGUUGCUGUUAAUGUAUCAGACAAAUGAUCAAAUAAUAAAUGGACUUUUCCCUCUGAACAAGGAUCUGGCAUUAGAAAUGGCAGCUCUUUUAGCUCAGGUGGAGAUUGGAGAUUUUGAAAGACCUUUCUCAACUCCGGCAGGGCAUGUUACCAAUCAGUGCAAAGUAAAUCAAACUCUAAAACAAGUCAUAGAGAAAUUUUAUCCUAAAAGGUACAGAGAUGGCUGUUCUGAAGAACAGUUAAGGCAGCUUUGCCAGCGACUUUCAACCAGAUGGAUGGCCCUCCGGGGACACAGUGCUGCUGAUUGUGUGCGCAUUUAUUUGACAGUAGCCAGGAAGUGGCCAUUCUUUGGUGCCAAGUUGUUUCUUGCAAAACCCAUAACUCCACCAUCACUUGGAAGUUCUUUUAUGUGGCUGGCUAUACAUGAGGAUGGUUUAAGCAUCUUAGAAUACAACUCCAUGAGGUUAAUAGUCAGCUAUGUAUAUAAGAGUCUAAUGACCUUUGGAGGUUAUCAAGAUGAUUUUAUGAUAGUCAUUAACAAUACGCACUCAAAGGACAAACCAACAGAGAAAUUACUUUUUGCCAUGGCAAAACCCAAGAUUCUUGAAAUCACUCUUUUGAUCGCCAGUUACAUAAACAACUUCCAUCAGCAAAAGGCAGCAUUUCACCACCUCUCUGCUCCAGCGCUGCUCUCAGCCCAGACCCAGGGACCCCAAGCCAGGGGAAUGGGAAGCCAGCCCCUUCUGUCAAGCAGCAGACCGACCAAAGGUCCCACCUUACUCUGA